AUGCUCGUCGCCCUCCUCGCGCCGGAGCUCAUUUUUGGCUUUGCGGCGCGGCAGCUGCUAGUGGCGCGCUUCUUCAGGGCGAAGUACAAUAUUUCCCUCAUGCACGGCUUCUUCGUCGGGAUGGGCGGCUUCACCGACGCGAACGAGCAUCCAGUCGUCACCUGCGAGCAGCUCUCCGACCCUGCGGCUCUCGCGGAGAUACGCGGGGUGUCGAGCUACACCAUAGAAGACAAGAGCAAAGGGGACCUCUUCUCGAAGGGCAUUGCGCUCGUCCAGGGCAUCUGGUUUAUCACGCAGUGCAUUGUGCGCCCGCGCACAGGGCCUUCCGCUGUCCCAGCUCGAGGUCGCCACCCUCGCGUUUGCAAGUAUCAAUGCGCUGACAUGGCUUCUCUGGUGGAGCAAGCCGCUAGACGUCCAGGAACCAAUCCGGCUCCGCGCGGCCCUCGACGAGCCCCCCAUCGGGCAGCCUCGCCCCACGGGCCUCCCGCUCCAGCUUCAACAGAAUGUUCCUUCUUUUAUCUUUUAUCUAGCAGCUACGACAAGCAGUCGUUCAUGCCGCUGUCCGCGCAUUCCGUGCCGUCGCUGUGGUGCGCGUGGGACGAAGACAUGCCGCGCGAGCUCGUCCGCGGGGCCGUCGGGCUUGAGAUCACGUGCGGGUCGCUGUUCGGCGUGAUCCACACCGCGGGCUGGUUCGUGCCCUUCCCCAGCGGCGCCGGAGACGCUCCGCCGCUGCUCGUGUUCCUCCACCCGCGCAUCCUCGACUGGGUGCUCGACAGCGACGACCGCGACUACCCGCCGCUGCUUGUCCCCGCGGGCGACCCGGGGCGCGGCGAGGCCGCGGUCCUGAGUGCAUGCUUUGGCGUGUACUGCGUCGCCCGCGUCCUGCUUCUGCUCCUCGCGUUCACGACCCUCCGCGCGCUUCCCCCUGCUGCAUUCAGAGAUGUAAACUGGAGCGUGUACAUCCCCCAUUUGUAA